AUGACAGAUGUCGUCAAUCCCGGGGAAAGCGGGUCCCUCAAGCUACCGAGAUCCGUGUCUGCGCUCCGCUCGUCCAAGCCGACUCCGAAGCGGGUGCCGACGCGAGUCUCGAUCCUAGUCCCCGAGGGCGACUCCACUAGAAAUGAUGUCUCGCCUGGUGCGCGCUCCGGGACGUCAUCAGAUGCCAACCUCGCCACCGACCUCCAAGUUACAUCGACACCAUGGUCCCGAAAACUUAUCCUCACUCUCGACGGCGGCGGCAUCAAGGGCUACUCGUCCCUUAUCAUCCUGCGUGCCUUGAUGAAGGAGGCUGCGCACAUUGAGCAGACCCUUAAACCUGCAGCAUUGUCAAGUGCCCACACCGAUCGCAUCGCCCGCGAUGCCAUCCCCGAUGCCGUCUACCGCGAGGGCCAGUACCUGCCUUGCCACUACUUCGAUUACGUUGCCGGUACGAGUUUCGGUGGCUUGAUUGCCAUCAUGCUGGGCAUGCUCGGGAAGACCGUCGAGGAAUGCACCACCGAAUUCCAUAACCAGCACAAGGCCAUCCCGCUCACUAACGACGUGCCCGGCCGCGUCUCAAUCGAACUUCCGCUACUUCGCAAGCGGAAUACAUGGCCGACCAAGCGCACAAGGUCCUUCUUCGACACCUUUGCCAAAUUCAGCGUCACGUCGACGGCCAGGUCGUUAGCCACCGCGGCCGCGGCUUCGGCGCUCUCCUCUGCGACUUCCUCGGCCGUCGCCCCAUCGGAGGCAGGCAGCACGGCCUCUACCGCGUCAGAGUUCAGGAAGGACUCUUUUCAGUGUCAGACGCUUGCUUGGUGCUCUGAGGUCGAGGAGCAUAGGGAGCGCCGACCUUACGCAUUUUGCACAUACAAGGAGGAUGACGAGUCGGAGAAGCUAGUAUCGAUCCCCGAGGUGGCCAAGGCCAUCACAACACCAGCCACCUCCUCGUUUAAGCCCUUCAAGCUGGGGUCAGGUCACUUUGUCGAUGGCAGUAAACAGAUCCGGGACCCGACACUCGAGGUGCUCAAGGAGAUCACGAGCUUGCUAGAUGGAGGCGAGCCAGUUAUAGACCUGCUCUUGAGCCUAGGAACAGACGAGCACCAGGCCUGGUUCUACGAAAAGCUCCGCAGCGUUAGUAGCAGCAAGAGCAGUGGUGGCAGCAGCAGAUCGAGUGCCGACAUCAGCAAGGAGGAAGGGCGCUCAUACCACCAGUACCACAGGUUCGAGGUGACCGAUGUCAAACUGGGCAUGCGCAAGAAGAACUAUCUCUCCCACAUUGAAGAAACCACGGAGAAGUGGCUCGAGUCAGCAGAGCAAAAGGCAUACCUCCGCCGAUAUGCCGAGAUGUUGGUGAAGCGGCGACGAGCCAGGGCCAAUACAGCGCGCUGGGAAACGUUUGCCCUCGGCGUUCGCUAUCACUGCUUUCACGAAGAGUGCAGCAAGAACCACAAUGACAGGUUAUUCGACAGCCGAGGAGACUUCUACGACCACCUCGACAGGAGACACGAUCUCGUGCGGUUGGCGUCCAAGAAUAUGGUAGAUGUGGAGCAGGAGUUGGAUAAGGGCCGACAGUUCGGCCUCAGCUAA